AUGACCGCCACCGCGGAUGUCAUUGUACUGUCGUCCUCGCCAGAGCAGCAGAGCCCGAUCGAUACGCCUGCACCACUCAAGUACGACGCUCAGAAGCUCUUUGACCUGUCGCCAAUCGAUACCACCACCGCUGAGGUGCCUUCUCCAUCAGACCUCUUCCAAAACCCUACGCGAUCGAGGUUCUUUGAGAACGAGAAACAGCCCAGCAAACGAGCUAAGACUACAGAGACCGACAAGACAGGUGUGACUGGUGCCGAAGCUGGUCAGCCUAAGGUUCCAGUGAAAAAGAGAGGACGGCCCAAGAAGAAAGCGGAGGAUAGCACCACGACAAAGCGCGCGACGGCUCCAAAUAGAACGAUAAUAGGGAGGGUUGCGAAGACUAGCAGCUCAUCACUGCCAAUUGAGGGGCAAGCCGACAAGAAAACCAAUUGUUCCUCAACUCCGCAGCUAUCUAUCAAACAGAACUCUGCGGAUGAUGCCUGCAACUGGGAGAAACAUGGCUUGGAGCUGGAACAAGCGUUGAAAAGAAGAUUGGAUUGGACGCCCCUUGACGGUGCCACAAAACAGAGUAUUGGGCUAGACGACACAUUGCAUCAGGAAAGCAACGAUAUGAGAAGUUUUGGGACUAUGUUGUCCGAGUUUGGUUUCGGUGGCACCGCUGCUUCUCGAGCUCAGGGUCGGGUUUUGGAAGAGAACGGUCCUACAAAGAGAAGACGUAUUGAAGUAUGUCCCCCCGACGAACCAUUGAACCCAAAAAGCUCCGCUGUCGUGAAGAAAACCAGCAAGCCUACGAAGAAGUUCUCGACACUUACAGCUCGAGUAACAGCUCAGUAUCUUGCCGCCACUACUGAGGGUAUGGAUAAUACGGAGGAAAGUGACUUGGCCAACAUGUCAUCAGUACCCACAUCCAAGAAAACAAUGAGAAAAACAAACCAAACCAAACCACAAGAACCCGAGCUUGUCAUUCUCUCCCCCGAAGCGGCUGUGAAAUCCCUCAAUGACCAAGAACUGGUGUUUGGCACAUGCAGUCAGUUGGAACGUGAGGACUCUCCUACGACGAUAAGAGAGCUACAAACGGCAAUUUGGGAAUCAGAACAAAGCUUAGCAUUGGAGAGAAGCACUCGCGCUAAUGGCAGCGCGCGUGAUACUUUACCCUUGACGGUCUCGCGUUUCACAGCUUCAAGAAAGCUCUGGUCCGUCGCAUCCCGUGAUGUUGAUGGGUCUGUCUUGCCCUUAGAGAUUGUUGAUCUGGCAGAUGGACCCGAUACCCCCAAGGCUCGCGCCGUUUUUGAUAAAGCGGUCAGUGAGCAAAAGAAGGAUCAAACAUCAUCAACAACCAAAGAGGAAGUACCCACAAUGCCACACUUCAGUGGUUUCACAGAUGCUCAAUUAUCUAAACGAAUUGCUAAGUUUGGAUUCAAGCCUAUCAAAAGCCGUCCGAAAAUGAUCGAGAUUCUCACUAAGUGCUGGGAAAGCGAGCAUGGUACAGCCGCUCCAAGCGUUUCGGAUGAGCCAGCUCCAAAACCGCCUACCUCGUCGGUGCCGACUCUUGUCCCCAAGGCCUCGAACAAACCCACCAAAACGCGUAAAACCACUACUACCAAGAUAACGAACACAGAGUCUCAGCCUAAGACUCAACCGGACACCACAUUCAUCAAAACAACAACCGCCCCUGUCGAAUCUGCAACCACCUCAACAUACUCCUUCGCCAACAUCGAAGAAAUCCAAGACUCUGAAGACGACGAAAGCAUCCCCUCGCCAAGCCGCUUACAAGCGCAAUAUCUCUCGCACAACGCCGCCCCCCAACCGAGCCUACCCACCACCAUCACUCCCACUAUCCCACUUAGCCCCAGCAAGGAAAAAGCAACCACCCUGGCCAAGAAGAUACACGCAGAACGCGCAGUCGAAUCCCCCAACAUCCACGAUCAAAUCAGUCAGGCCGUGUAUCUCCAGCGCCCCCUCCGGCCCACCAGCGCCUCCAGACAGCCCAGCUGGCACGAAAAAAUCCUCAUGUACGAUUCGAUCUUUCUGGAGGAUUUUACAACAUGGCUCAACACAGAGGGCCUGGGUCUCGUGAAUGAAGAUCGCGAGGUUGGCGCUGCGCUGGUGAAGGAGUGGUGUGAGGCGAGGGGGGUGUGUUGUUGCUAUCGACCGAAAGGGAGGGAGUGAGUGAUGAGGUGCUUCCCUCCUUCCUUUCUUAUUCUCUUGUCUUUUUUUUGGGUCACAACCUGACUCAUUGAAUAUGAGUCUCUUGUGUUCUGACUGAUCACUAUGAGUGCUCUAAUCCCUAUAUUCUUGGAUGAUAUUUUGAACACGGCGUUCUCAAGGGAAGCUAUACAGGUCCGGGUGUAUCAGUUUGGGCCAUUGGUUAUACCCCCCAUGUAGGCAGUUGGCA